AUGGACUCGAAAGUAGUAUUGAAAGAAAAGAAUCCCCACGACAAAUCGAACUUCAUCUCGAAAAUAUUUCUAACAUGGAGCUUUAGCCUAUUUCGUCGUGGAUUUAAACAUGGACUUACCGUGGAAGACUUGUGGCAAGCCCGAGACGGUGACCACUCGGGCCGGCUGGGAGACCGCCUCGAACAAGCAUGGCAGGAAGAACUCGACAAUGCUAAGAGAAAAGGCAUCAAACCAUCUUUCUCAAAGGCCAUCGUUCGGUCGUUUUGGCUUGAAUAUUUGAUGUGCGGCCUAGUUGUAGGAUUACUGUUCAUCUUUUUAUGGCCGUUAAUUCCAUUUACGUUAGCUUUAUUCAUUAAUUAUUUUUCUGAAGAUAAGACCCCCGAGAGUUAUAGAAAUGCACACAUUUACAACUUUCUCAUGAACUUCCUGAGUAUACUGACGUCAUUGAUGCUCAAUCAUUUACAAUUAAGUCAAGGACGAGUAGGAAUGAGAGUGAGAAUAGCUAGCUGUUCGUUAUUGUAUAGAAAAAUAUUAAAACUCGACAGAACUGGGUUGAAUAAAACGGAGCCAGGACAAGUGAUCAACCUGAUGUCUAACGAUGUAAAUCGUUUUGAUUUAGUGGCUCUGUUUUUGAACUAUUUGUGGGUGAUGCCUAUCGUGGUGCCAGUGGUCUCCUACCUGGUAUGGCAACACGUUGGCUGGGCCACACUCGCUGCACUCGUCGUCAUAUUCGUACAAACUGUACUUGUUCAAGCCUACUUAAGUAACCGCCAAGGAGUAUUACGUGGAAAAAUAGCUAAACGCACAGAUGAAAGGGUAAAAGUUAUGAGUGAACUUGUUAACGGUGUACAAGUCAUCAAAAUGUAUGCCUGGGAGAAACCUUUUGAGAAGUUGGUCGACAAACUGAGAAAGAUGGAAGUGAGCUUCAUAAUGCGCACAUCUAUGAUCAAAGGAUUCUCGACGGCGCUGAGCGUGUUCACAGAGCGCUUCAUCUUGUUCUCUGCUGUUGUUGCGUUUGUGGUCAUGGGCGGAGACAUCCGCGCCGAGAUCACGUUCUCACUCGUUCAGUAUUUCAAUCUGCUCCAACUUGCUUGCAACAUAUUCUUCCCACUGGCCCUCGCAUUUCUGGCAGAAACUAAAGUCUCAGUGAGACGCCUUGAGGAGUUCUUGUUGUUGGACGAACUGACACCUGCGAAGUUGCCGCUAUCAAUCGAUUCGAAGGAAAUAAUUAGCAAUGGUACUGAGAAGGAAAAGCCAAAGCAUACGGGCUUGAUAAUGAAUGGGUUGAGCGCAAGCUGGCAACCAGAAGCCAUUGUAAACACGUUGAGGAAUAUCACUCUGACUGCAGAACCUGGAGAGUUUGUGGGCAUUGCUGGCCUUGUGGGAUCUGGAAAGUCGACCCUUCUACAAGUUAUCUUGGGCGAGUUGCCUCCAUCGCAGGGCACAAUAUCGUUGGGUGGCGCACGAGUUUCCUACGCCAGUCAGGAACCCUGGCUCUUCGUGGCUACAGUUCGUCAAAAUAUACUAUUUGGACUCCCAUACGAUCGCAUACGUUACAAAAAGGUCGUAAGUGCCUGCGCUUUGUUGCGGGACUUUGAGCAGUUGCCUGCAGGAGACUCGACACUGGUUGGAGAACGAGGCAUCAGCCUUAGUGGAGGGCAGCGCGCGCGCAUCGGUCUUGCGAGAGCAUGUUAUAGACAGGCUGACAUAUACCUGCUGGACGACCCUCUAUCAGCAGUGGACACACACGUCGGUAAACACCUGGUAUCAGAAUGUGUGAUGGGAUUACUGAGACAUUCUACGAGGAUCCUGGUCACGCAUCAACUGCACCAUCUCAAGUCUGCUGAUAAAGUCGUCAUCUUACACAACGGCGAAAUAGAGACUACUGGAUCAUUUGAUGAUGUGUCGCGAUCACCACUGUUUGCGGAGUUGCUCCAGGAAGAAGAACAGCCAGAAGACCCAAAAGUCCAGUAUCUUCGACAGAGAACUCUUUCCAUACAGUCUCACACGAGUACCAACACCUUACAAGAUGGGGCUGUGGCUGAUGAGGUUGAGCAGGAGGAAUCUGCCGAGUUGAUGGGAACAGGUCGUGUGCCAGGCGCGGUCUACCGUCAAUACUUCCGCGCCGGCGCCGGCUGGGGCCUGAUCCUAUGGACAACGUUCAGUAUUCUCUUGGCACAAGUCGUAACCUCCAUCAGCGACCUUUGGCUGACACAAUGGAUGAAUGUCGUAGAACUAAGACAUGGACUGCUAAACAACCAAACAACUACUCCUCUCUUCCACAACAUCACAAAUGGCAAUAUUUCAAUUGGCAGCAAUGACACCAUUAGCAAUUUGACUACAGAGCUGCCGACCACGAUACCCUCAUCCACAGAACUACCCAACAUGACUGUUAUUGAUACAAUGGUGAAGACUGUCCUAACUAUGCAGAACAUUACGUCUGUCUACGAACCGAUUAACCACGAUUACUAUAUUUAUAUUUGGGCGAUUGCUAUCUUGGGUUGCAUCAUACUUACAACUGGAAGAUCGAUUUUAUUCCUGUGGGUAUGCAUGCGCAGUUCCAUCAAGUUGCACAACCAGAUGUUCAGCAAUAUUCUGGCGGCGACCAUGCGCUUCUUUGACACCAACCCUUCUGGACGUAUUCUUAACAGAUUCUCCAAAGACAUGGGAGUGGUUGAUGAGAUCCUACCCAGGAUGUAUUUGGACAGUAUACAAAUAUUCAUGGUUAUGAUGGGUAUUCUAGUGAUGGUAGCGAUAGUCAACCCCUACAUGUUGCUGACAACGGGAGUUUGUGGUAUCCUUAUGUACAUUUGGACCGUGAUUUUCCUUAGCACUGCACAGGCUAUUAAAAGGGUGGAAGGUACGACUCGCAGUCCAGUAUUCUCGCACGUUUCGGCAACGAUGGCAGGACUAAACACAGUGCGUGCUUGUCAAGCGCAGGACAUGUUGCGAGAUCAAUUUGACGACAAGCAAGACGUGCACACAGCUGCCUGGUACUUAACAAUUGUCACAAACACUGCAUUCUCUAUUUGGUUAAGUCUUAUCUGUGCGACUUAUGUAGUGGUCGUAGCCUACACGUUCUUGUUCCUGGAUGACGGGAAUACAAAGUCGGGAAACGUCGGUUUGGCGAUUAGUCAGGGUUUGAUCCUGGUGAAUAUGGUGCAGUAUGGCGUGAAGCAAGCGACGGAGGUGAUCUCACAGAUGACGAGCGUGGAGCGUGUAGUGCAGUUCACAUCACUACCACGUGAGGUUACGGAAGGCCCUGCCCCACCCACCGGCUGGCCUCAGCGCGCUAGGCUGGUCUUCAAGGACCUCUCAUUACGAUACGACAAAGAUGCUGAUCCAGUGCUCAAAAAACUUAACAUUGUUAUAGAAAGUGGAUGGAAAGUGGGAGUAGUCGGUCGUACGGGAGCCGGCAAAUCUUCACUGAUAUCAGCUCUGUUCCGCUUAGCGCCUAUUGAAGGAAAUGUUUUCAUUGAUGAUGUUGAUACUGGUGACAUCGCUCUGAAGGAGCUAAGAUCAAAGAUCUCAAUUAUUCCGCAAGAACCAGUGCUAUUCUCCGCUAGUUUGCGCUACAAUAUGGAUCCAUUUGACAAAUAUAGUGACGCUGACAUUUGGACAGCAUUAGAACAGGUGGAAUUAAAGCGAAGUGUAACGUCUUUGACAUCAGCGGUUCAGUCAGGCGGUUCUAACUUCAGCGCUGGUCAGAGACAGCUGCUCUGCUUGGCGCGUGCAGCUCUAGGUCGUAACAAGCUACUCGUGCUCGACGAAGCCACAGCCAAUGUUGAUCCGAAUACGGAUGCACUUAUUCAAAAAUCAAUUCGCACACAUUUUGCGGAUUGCACUGUAAUCACGGUGGCACAUCGCCUGCACACUGUCGCUGAUUCCGACAGAGUAGUUGUGAUGGAAGCUGGUGAGAUUGUGGAAUGCGGUCAUCCACACGAACUGCUACAAAAGCCCGAGGGCCACUUCACUCGCAUGGUGCAGCAGUUGGGUCCUGCUGCGGAACAGAGUCUGCGCGACCUGGCGGCGGCCGCGCAUGCCGUGCACAUCAAAUACGUCGACGCAGACGAUAACAACCAAUAA